UCCAACUCCAACUUUUCUCCACUCGUCGUCUCCUCAUUUCCUCGACGUUUCCCAUGGUUCCGUGGUUUUAAUUUAAACCCAACCAAACAUCGUUUGAUUUCAUUCCUGGUUUUGGAGAGAAACAACAAAUGGCGAAUUCAUACGGUGCCGGCUGCAUGGCGGUGUUCGUGGCGUCGGGCACCGUCGUUCUGCUCGCCCUCCGCGUCCACAAGCAUCUCAUGUCCGAUUUCAUGAACAAGAUCGACGCCGAAAUGGGGACGAUGGCGGCGGGGAGAGAUAAUCAAGAAAGGAGGAAGGUGAAAUUCGCCGGCGACGAUCAUCACUUGCAGCCGUCGGCGGCGGCGGCGGCAGGAAGAAAUCGCGCGGUCGUCGGUGGGGAGACUUUGGAGUCAAUGCCGCCGAAUUGGCAGGUUCUUUAUAAAGGGAUCAUAGAAUAUAACAGGGCCUCCCUCAGACGGCUCAACUGACGACGACUUUCCAUUUGACUAAUGCGCCGCCGCCGCCGCCGUAGGCUGACGGUUUUAAUUUGUUGCUAUCACGGCGGUCACCGGCGAGAUCGAUCAAGGGGGAUCCAAAUUUUCUAAUUUAAUUGGUUGACCUUCUCUUGCUGUUGACUUCCAGCAUCCUUAAUUUCUGCCUAAUGUAUUAUAAAUUUAAAUUUAUAAUCUGUAUGACUUUAUCAACAUUAAAAAAAAAUUGUUUCAAAUUCAUUUUUUU